AAUUCCCGCUACGUCUGCUAUUCGCUCUUUCUUCGCUUUCGCUCUACUACUGUGUUAUGUGAAUGAUUUUGUCUCUACAGACUCCUAUGUACAAAUUUGUUCUAAUCGCUUCCAUAGUGUUGAUUACGGGAGGAAUGCUCACAACAGCCUUCAGUUUAUUUAGUCCACUGUGGCAGGUAGCCGAGCGACCAAAAUAUGCCGAAAUACAUUACCAUGGUUUAUGGUGGGACUGUAUCAUAUCUGAUGGGACACUUAUACCUCUUAGCGAUCCAACUCCACAUACCAGUCGCAACGAUGAAAAGUGCGCAAACAAGUUCGAUCCCGCUGUUCAACAUUUGAUUAGAAAUGCGCUGGAAUCGAGAGAUCCUACGUUAAAAGAAUUACUCUUCCAUCGAUUUCUUCCCCAUCACAAAGCUGUUAUAUUCUUCUCCGUAUUCACUUUUGUGUUCGGUACGAUCGGUUUGAUAACUGGAGCGUGUUCACCGUGCUUUCCACCAAACUCAUUGCUAUAUGUCGUUUCCAUAUUCAUGACAAGCGCAUGUUCUGUGCUAUCCGACGUGAUCUUCGUUUAUGGCACUAGUAAGAAAGAAGAGCUCAAAGAAGACGUAGAGGUGCAUGAAGAGGACAUGGUCCAGAAUCGCCUAGGACUUGCAUGUUACCUUCACAUGCUUGCUUCAUGUCUCUUCAUCAUGGCUCUGCUUACUGCUGUCGCCUCGUCAUACUUAUUAAUAUCAUCGGGCAAGGGAAGGGAAGGAUGCUGUCAAAGUAAAAAGGAUUACAUACAGCAACACAGGUACAAUCACGAUGGGCGCACUGUGUUUGCGUGCAGUAGGAAAUCGUGCAGACCCAUCGUUGUGAUAGAGGACGAAAGUUUGUAAUGCGGGUACAAAGGCGGAUUCGAUCUCUAGUUUCUGCAAUUUAACACGUUCUAUGUGAUUAAUCUUGUCUGUGAAGGUGCUGUCACUUUUUUCUCCACAUGAUUCAACACCGGAUACUACCGGUAUUCCAUUCGUGAUCUGGAGAGAAGAUUAUAUCAACUCAGUGUGCCAUAAUAUUCUAGUCAGGAGUUAGCAAUGAGCAUUUUGAAAGGAAUGAUUAUUCAUGCGAUUUAUAAGCAAAGAGACGAAAGAUGCUCUUUUGACAAUCAAUCAGCAUCGACUUGACUAGCGUUAAUAGCCAGUGUAUGUCUUGUGAACAAGUUUUUGCCUUUUUCUGUUAAGUAGGAAUCUCUCUUUUCGUACUUUCAUCGAAUGCAAUAAUAUAUGUGGACAACAUCGAAUCUGCGAGUCAAUCUCUACCCUUUCAUGCUUAUAUGUUGCUUUGUUUCUUAUUGUACAGAAC